GCUGUCACCGGAAACAGACCUCUGCUAAGCGGAAGUACUGAGAGACGUUGCUGAUUUGCUUUUGGAUGUCUGGAUUAAAAUUGAGAGUUUAAAUUUCUUUCUAGCGCAAUUGUUUGUUGGCGGACCGCGAAGUAUGGACAGGUAAUCUUCAUUUAACCGGAUUACAUGUGGCAGUCUUCCCAUUGAAGUAAUCUAUCACAUCUGUGCCAUUGGACUGUUAUUCAGCAACCCCACAAUCAUAUAUAGGCCCCCAAAGUUUUGAUACCUCUCCCUUGCCUAUGGCCACAGGCAUGGCUAACAGCACCCCCAUGAUAGGGAAGGGUCUGACCUCAGGUCCUGCAGGCAGGAGCAGUCCAGAGGGAUCUCAGGUGCUCAGUAAGAAGAAGCUUCAAGACCUAGUGAGAGAGAUUGAUCCGAAUGAACAGCUGGAUGAAGACGUCGAGGAGAUGCUGCUUCAAAUUGCAGAUGACUUCAUAGAAAGUGUCGUGACAGCGGCCUGUCAGCUGGCACGUCAUCGCAAAUCCAACACGUUGGAGGUUAAAGAUGUUCAGUUACAUCUAGAGCGUCAGUGGAACAUGUGGAUUCCUGGUUAUGGAUCAGAUGAAAUCAGACCGUUCAAGAAAGCUUGUACCACAGAGGCUCACAAACAGAGAAUGGCACUGAUCCGCAAGACGACCAAAAAGUAGCACAAAAUACUACUAUUAUGUACGAACUCUGUGUAUUAUUUUUUUCUUUCCUUUGUCUUUUCUGAGUAAUGGAGUAAAAGUGGUGUGGUGAGGGGUGCUUUUUUUCUUAGGAAUUUAAAUUGUAAAAUUGUCUCCCUAAUUUUUGACUGUCUUGCAAGAAUCAUCGCACAAAUUUGGUAUUCAUGUUUUGUUCUGUUUCAUUGCCACUAAGCUAACACUGGCAGAACUCCAACUUAAAUUUGUUUUUGUCGAUAAACUUUUACUGGAUUUAUUUUUUGUAUAGAAUAUUGCUAGCUUUGGUUUUGCUUUUGAUACAGUUGAGCAUGUGUUUGUGAGUGUUACUGACUCUUCAGCCUUCUAAAAAGGAUCAUUUGUAAUAUUUUUGCCAAGGUACAUGUUAAGCAUGGAAGAGCUCCUCUGUUUACUCACUGUACUUUGUAUUCCCCUUUGCAUUUUCUCACAGUUAUUGGAGAAGAUAAAAAAAAAAACAUGUAACCGGUUGAAUUUUCACAGUGUCUGAAUAAAGAAAUGAUGCUCAAAGGA